AUGGAAGCCAUAACUACAUCACAUGACGACGAUUUGUCCAAAUCAGAGCCCACUCAGGGAAACAGCAACAAUGCCUUUCCCGAAUUAAUCGUCAGUCUUUCCUCAGACCCAGGUGGUUCCAUAGCGGAUCUUCUCGUAAAGACGAUGAAAGAAAACGACCUCAAUGAACUGAGAAGACUUUUAAACUCCAAGGUUGAUUUGCUUGCGAUACCUAUAACUACAAAAGUCAUACAUGAUGAUAGUGAGAUAUUCCUCGACCUCGCCUUGAUUCAAUGGGCUGCGGGGUUUAGUAAACCUUCAAUCAUCAAUCUUCUUUUAGAAUAUGGCGCUAAAGUGGACGAGAAGAUUCCUAUGAUUGGCGGAACCGCACUGCAUCUAGCAUCUCGAUAUGGUUCUAAAAACAACAUAGAUGUACUCCUUUCUCAAAAGCUGGAUAUAAACCAAAAAGAUCUUGAUGGAAGAACUCCAUUACAUUUGGCAUCAUUAUAUGACAGAGAGGAGAAUGUGGAGUAUCUUCUGGACACAGGCGCCGACUAUAGCCAGCUUGACAAUUAUAACAAUAUGGCAAUUCAUUAUGCUGCUUCGUUUGGCGAGCUUGAAAUUCUCAAAAAUCUUUACAGACGAGGUUCACUUAGAUAUAUCAAUGAGUCAAAUUUUUAUCACAAUGCACCACUGCAUCUAGCAAGUAUAUAUGGCCAUGUCAAUGCUGUAAAAUGGCUUGUAGGAAAGGGAGCAGCAAUUAAUCAGCCAGGAAUAGGAGGAGACACUCCGUUGCACCUAGCCACUGCCAGGGGUCAUGUCGAAAUUGUCAGGGAACUUUUGAACAACGAGGCGGAUAUUCACAAAAGGAAUGAAAGUUCCUAUUCCCCAAUUCUAAUCGCGUCUGAAAAUGGUCAUAUAAAGAUCUUCAUGGAACUAAAAACAUCAGGUGCAUUUCUCUCGGAUAUAGGCGCGCGAGAUAAUGGUACUUGCUACCACAGAGUCAUAUCGUGUUCCCAGGAAUUUUCACGCGACCACAACACCAUCAUAGACCGUUUGGUAGGUGAAGGUGUAGAUAUCAACCAACUGAAUGCUCAUGGCUAUUCACCUUUAUUUCUUGCAUGUAUAAAGCAAAAGCUCGAACAUGCCCAGUGCCUCCUGAAGUAUGGUGCCAACGUCAACCAAAUGGGGCCUCGAAAAAAUCUGACUCCUUUGAUGGAGGCUUGCUGUCUUCCUGCCGGUGGCAUAGUCGAAUUGCUCCUGCGGCAUAAUGCUGAUACAGCAAUAGAGAGCAGUCAUGGGAUGACUGCCUUUGCUUACGCCGUCUCCCACAAUCAUCUUGCACACGUCAAGCUUCUUAUACAGAAUAAUGCCAACGUCACAUGUCCUGAUCAUCGAGGGAUCACACCUCUUCACAUUGCCGUUUUGUACGAAAAGAAUAUUGAUAUUGCGCUCGAAAUUCUGGCUGCGAAACAAUACUACCCCGAGAGUCCAUCCGCGGAAUACUCUUACAUUAAAAGCACUUUUGAGAUUCGUGAAAUCGAGAUGGGAUUACUACAAGGCUUUAAAAACUCCAAGUAUGAGACACUGGAGCAGCUUCACAUCAUCAUGUAUUGGGCAGUCUCUAAUGGCGCAAAAGAUUUGGCUAACCGGUGCAUUGAUAAUGAUCGACGAGUACUGCGCUGGACCAGAGAAGGAGCUACAUGGCUUCACAUAAGCGCUAAAAGUGGUAUGGUCGAAAUUGCACAACUCCUCUUAGGAGAAAUGACGAUGCUAUCAGACGCACCGGAUCAGCCAUUAGGGUGGGCGGCAGUUGCUUUGAUCAUACAGCAAAAUAGUCGAGGGGACUCGCCAUUGGCUAUAGCCAUUGGAAAAGGGCAUGAUCAAGUAGAGGACUUGUUUUGGUCCCAAAUCGAACAACUUCGAAUCACCGAAAAAAGAUUGAUGAAGUCUUAUCCAGAUAUUGCAGCUCAGAUUCUCGAGUUUCUAGCUCGACAUGAAGAGCCCGGGAAUGAAGAGAUACUCAAAGAAUUUUUGAGGUCCGAUGAUAAGAGCAAUGCCAGAGACUCGGAAGUUUUUACAGCUCUCCAGUGGGCAGUUUGUCGAUCCAAGGCAGUGAUUGUAUGGUGGUUGUUGUCGAAGGGCGGUUACUCGUCUGACAAGAUCAACAGCGCCUUGAAGCUUGUUGUUGAAAAUACAGACAAACAAUCUAAAACCAUAAAGGAAUUGCUCCGGGAUCCUCCGCCAACUCUCGAUCAUGUCUCAAAUCCGAACAAGAAGCAUAAGCGCAAGUUUACAAAGUCCGCAAAUAGCAUUCGUUUCAAGAAAUAUCAGGGGAGCAUUGUUGAUAUUCUUCCUGGUGCAGAACCAAAACGUAUUAAAUAUGCCCCCUCAAGUGUUCAAGACCUGAUUUACGAUAUUGGCCCAGAGAAUAUAAUGAGAGAAGCCGGAGAUUUAAGUCAGCGCCAUUUAGCGUUACUGAAGGAGACCCAAAAGAAAGAUUGCGGGCAUUUCUCAAACAGGAUUGGUGUUCAGACGAAAGACUCUCCGAGUCUGGAUUCAACUUCACCCCAACAUGAAGAACUUGGUAAUGAGGAACCUUCAAGCAGCAGCCUGCGUGAGUUUGAUCUUCGCUGGAUUCAUCUUCCUGUUAACGAGUUGCAUCUAAUGCGAGACCUUGUAAGUCGGCUAUCAAGUGAUUCGGGAAGAUCUGAGAGAGAACAUAUGGCUAUUAUGAAACACUUCAACAAAAGCUGGACAGAGCUGGCUGCAGGCGCAGAACGUUAUUACAUGAAACCCCAAUUUGUGCGCAAGCAGGAAGCUAGCCAUUACCAUUCAAUCAAUGAUCUUGAUGGCGAGCAAGCACCAAGAGAAAUCACCGCCGGCGCUUGCGCGGCACUUUACAUGCCAUAUUUAGACAUAGGGACCUUUCCUGGCAAAGGGGAUAAGUCUUCAACGACUGAAUCUCCCGCUGUGCUUGACGAGUCUAUCAACGAGCGUAACUCGAGAGCCGUUAAACAUUUGCCGAUGACUCUCGACCAAUAUUACUAUCCAACGAUUGAAGAUACUUCAAAAAGAGAUAAUGAUCAAGUGCUGUCAAAAUUCUUGCAAAAGAAAUCGGGACAAUCUAAAGACAAAAAAAUACUCAUGGUAAACCAGCUUUGGAUUUGGAUUAUCGACAAAAAAACCAUCAUUACGGCCACGACUCAAAAAUUCGAUAAAUCUUCCAAGGAAAAAAAUAGCGAAGCAGACCGAGAACCUCCAGAGAGCCUCCUCCAGAAUGCAUUGGAUAACAUACUUCACGGCGAGACCAAAAGUCAAUUUGAACGGACAAGAACAGUCGAUUCCCUGAUGGAGCUUCUUCUUGGUGUUGCAUCAGGGCUCUUCAUAAAACGAUUUGUCCCUGUUUCUGAUCAAAUCUACAAGGGGCCGAUUGAAAUAUUUCGAGAGUCAAUUAGAGAUGUGGCUGAGAAAGAAUCUUCGCUUUUCCAAGAAUUUCUUGAAGGUCUCCAGGAAGCAAAGCCUCGGGGACCAGAGCAAAAGAAAAGACAGCCUUCCAGUGAAGAGUCUGACUCCAAGUCAUCGGAUAGACCAAUUCCUUUAAAUCGCUAUCAUGUUAUUUCAUCUGAAACCGAACUUCUCAACAUGAUACGAGAUAUCCGUGACGAGCUUCAUAUGCUCAGAUCUCUAGCGGAGGACCAAGAAAUUGUUUGGAAGCAGGCCUUUGCUUCCAGUGACCUCAUGCACUUCAAGGCUUACACUCCCACUAAUGUCAAGAAAGAUCUGGAUGAUAUGCUUUCUGAAGCAGAUAAAACAGAGGGUUAUAUCAACACUCUGCUCGACCUACGACAAGCGGAAUUCGGCAGAUUACAAGCAUACGAUUCAGCCAGGCAGUCCAACAGUAUCUUCAUAUUUACUAUCAUGACCAUUGUAUUUCUUCCUCUCUCAUUCUUAACGUCUCUCUUCGCGCUAAACGUAUCCGAUUUUCCCCACGAAGGGGACAACGUGCAAUAUAAGGCGCGGUGGAUAUUUCCUAUCAUCUUUGGUGUCACCGCACUUGUCUCUGUUCCCGCUACCAUCUUCGCGUGGAAAGUCAACGCCAUUUCUAGCUUUCGACCACGAAAUAAUAUUGCCAGUCAAAGUUCGAAGCAUACUGAUGCUAUAAAGGGAGCUUUGAGUAGAGUAAGAAGGAGAGGUAGGAAACAGCAUGAUAUCGAGGCAAAAUAA